GAUGUGGCUGUGGACUUCACCCUGGAGGAGUGGACUUCACUGGACCUAACUCAGAGAAACGUAUACAGAGAUGUGAUGCUAGAGAACUAAAAGAACCUGACCACAGUAGGGUAUCAAUUUUGUUCCAACGCAAUCUGAUCUCUUGGUUGGAACAAGAGGAAGAGUUAAGGACAGUGGAGAGAAGAGUCUUCCAAGAAUCGGAAAUGCAUCUUAAAACCAAAGACUCAGCAGUUCCUCCACAGGAUAUUUUAGGGGAAAAAACUUCCAAUAGGAUAGAAACGGAAAGAAACCACAGUGGGUGGGAACUCUGUGAGUGUAAGGAAUGUGGUAAAGACUUCAGUGAACAAUUAUGCCUUAAGAAGCACAGGAGAAUUCACUAUGGAGGAAACACUUAUGAGGAUAAUCAGUGUGGGAAAAGCUUCCUUAUUCUGCACAAGAAAUCCUCUACUAGAGAGAAAAUUUCUGUGUUUAAUCAAUGGAGAAAAGCCAUCAACCUGACUCCAAAUAUUGUGUCAGGGGAAACUAGCAUGCAUAAGAAAGCCUUUGAAUGCAGUGACAGUGGGAAAGCCUUUGUUAAUCAGUCUUACUUUCAGGCACAAAUGAGAAGUCACAGUAGAGAAAAACUAUGAAGGGAAGGAAUGUGGGACAGCUUUUAUUCACCCUACAAGGCUUGGUGUACAUGUACAAACUCACUGCUACAAAAUAUUACAAAUGUAAGGAAUGUGGAAAAAUUUUUUGGUAUUCUGCACGCUUCAAAGUUUUCAUGGGAAUCCACACUGGAGGGAAACACUGUAAAUGUAAGGAGAGUGGGAAAGCCUCCAUGAGUUCUUCUUACCUUGCUAAAGAUAGAAAAUCUCAGACAGGAGAGAGGCCCUUUGUAUGUAACAAAUGCAGAAAGUCUUUUAGACAUUCCUCGUCCCUUAAUAUUCACAUUGGAAUUCAUGCUGGAAUAAAACCCUAUGAAUGUAAGAAAUGUGGGAAAGCCUACACUGCAUUCUCAAGCCUUACUAAUCAUAUAAAAACUGAUAAUGGAGAGAAUCCUUUUCAGUGUAAUACGUGUGGGAAAACAUUUACCAGUUCUUGCUUGAUCAUUCACAUGUGUACUGACACUGGAGAGAAACCCUAUGAGUUUAAGAAAUGUGGGAAAUCCUUCAUUUCUUCAUCAAUUCUGAGUGAACAUGUACGAAUUCAUACUGGAGAGAAACCCUAUGAAUGCAACGACUGUGGGAAAGGCUUCAUUAGGAGUUCAGGCUUAACUAGACAUAAACAAAUUCACAGUGGAGAGAAAACUUAUGAAUGCA